ACCAAAGCUUGCUUGACGCGUUUCGCCGCCACACGCGGUGGAACGCUGAACCGCAACAGACGUGUCGCGAGGAGAAAGGACGGGAGCCGUCUCAUCAGCAGGAAAGGCAUGGUUUGCUGCAGCAGAAGCAAAGUGCAUUGCCACAGCAGCAAAGAGAACCGCCCCGGCAGCAAGAGAUCGAAAGCUGCUCGCAACAACAGACCCGUAGUACAACUACCUUUUCUAGGGCUGACGUGGCUUCGAAGUCUCCCCCAGCGGAUACAGCGCGGGCAGAGAGCGGGCGGAAGACGGAGCGGUUUGAGUCCGUUCGAUGCACACCUGGACUCCUGGAUACCCCCACCCGCAUCAGACGCGUCGAUAAUGUCGCGCGGGGGGGACCCGCCGAUCUAGCGGUCCGCCUGGCGGGCGAUGGGCGCGCGGAGCAUUGGCGGACGGAUCGAUCGCGGUACGCGGAGCAAAGCACGCGACGAGCGGAGCACGCGCGAGAGGCUCAGCGUCAGCAGCGGCGGCAGGAGGAAAGGAGGGGACUUUCCCCUGAGAGGGGCGCAGUGGAGUUGGCGGAGUGCGGCGGAGGCCAGGGGACGCACCAGCAGCAGCGCCAGCGGGAGGCGGAGGGGAGGCGGCUUUCCGCCGCGCUGCUUCCGCUCGGAACGGACGAAGCGGCUGCUGCUGCUAGCAACGGAAGUAGCUUUCCUUCGGAACGAUCCACCCGCAUGGCCGCGUCGCUUUCUCGUCACCUUGAAACUCGCGCGGCUUUAAUCCAGCGAGUUGAGAUGUACGGUAGACCGCGACACGCAGAGGAAGGAUCGCCUCGUUUUGAGCAGACUCGCUACCAGAACAAGUCGAAGGAAAUCGUGACGACAGGGGAAACGUCCGAGUCGGGGAUUAAAGCGGCAGCGACAGGUUCGGCAACGAGAGGUUCGGGCGUCGCUUUCUCGACGAGCGACGCUUUCUCGACGGUUCCCGCGCUUGUCUCCUCCUCUUCCGCGUCGCUCGCCUCUUCCGCCUCCCUCCCCUCUUCCACUUCCGCCUGCGCCUCCGCAUUUUCGCCGACCGCUUGCGCGGGGCUUCCGCCACCAUACGACGUCCCCCCGCCGGGGGGUGGCGUCUGCGGCGGCGGCGGACGCUCGUCGCUUCCGCACGUUCUGCCGCCCCUUCCGUUUGUCUUCGACGAAAAUUCCCUCCCAGAAAUCUCCAUUCCCACUCCCCGCUUCGUCGCCUCUGCGUCGCGAACGUCGCGAACGUCGGGAACUUCGCACGAGGGAAUCGCCGUCCCGGAGGCGACAGGCGGCGAGCUGGGCGAACGGGUCGCACGGUCGCCGAGGCGUACCGCUGGCGCGUCCGCGGAGGAAUGGGCGCGAGCGGAGGCGGGGGAGCAGAUAACGCGGGGACCCGCGCUCGGGGGAGAAAUGGCGUGGGGCGGAGAACGGCAGGCGGAAAGAGCAGAGAGGAUGGUUGGGGAAGCGGGGUGGGCGGAAGGGGCGGCGCCCGAGCUUGUGGUUACCGGGGGGAGCGUUAGUGAGACUCGUUAUAAGGCGUCUCACGACGGGACUGACGCUGCUGCAGCGCCCUCUAAAGACCAGACGUUCGAGGUGUUCUGCAGCCUGCUCCCGUUACUGUACACCCCCCGUACUAGCACACCCCUGGCAGUGUCACCUGCUGCCGCUCCAGCCGCAAUGUGGGGCGCGGGGAGCGGCACAGGCGCGGGGACAGGGGGAAGGAAUGCAAAUGCCGUGGCAGGGGGAAGCGGCUCAGGUGCUGGGGUGGGAAAUGUGAGCGUGGCAACUGCCAAAACCGACGAUCUGACUGUAACGGGCGACGAGAAUGUGACAAUAACGGGGGCGAGUGGUGGAAAUAACGGAGACUUUGCAGCUGCACCUGAACCGACACCUGAGCCAACACUUGAACACUCGUCUGCACUCAAACCUGCAAGUGCAGCCCCAAUUGCCUCCAACAGUGCCGAAAUGCCCAGCAGCACAUCCGGCAUCACCCUAACGGCCCAGACGGGCGGCAGAAUGGACAGAAUGGCCCGAAUGGCCCGAAUGGCCCGAAUGGCCCGAAUGGCCCUCCAAGCGCCCACGGAGCAGGGCGUGCCAGGGAGGACGCCUGGCCGAUCCCUCUCAGAGCCAGGACGAGCCCCUGCCUCCUCUGAGGUAGAGGCAGGCCAGGGGGGUAGUGGGGGAGCAGGGGGGACAGGGGCCAGACAGGGGGGGGAGGGGGGAGGGGGAGGAGAGGUGGGAGGUGGGGGGGGAGGGGGAGGAGAGGUGGGAGGUGGGGGGGGAAGGGAAGGUAGGGCAGGGCCGGUAGCAACGCGUAAGAGGAAGGCUGAAGUGGCUGCCUCUGCAGCAGCAGCAGCAGCAGCAGCAGCGGCGUUUGAUGCACAGGUUGAGGCACCAGCAUCUGCGGCUGUUGUUGCUGCUGCUUCUUCUCCUGCUGCUGCUGCUUCCCCUGCUGCUGCUGCUUCUCCUGCUGCUGCUGCUUCCCCUGCUGCUGCUGCUGCUUCCCCUGCUGCUGCUGCCACUUCCCCUCCGUCUCUGGGCAUGGACCUCCCUCCAGACGGCUACUCGUGGAGGAAAUACGGGCAGAAGCCGCCUAAAGGAUCGUCCUUCCCCAGGGGCUAUUUUCGCUGUGCUGUUCCGGGCUGCCCGGCAAAAAAAACAGCGGAGAUGGCUCCGGAUGGCGGGAGCAUGGAGAUUUUGUAUAAGGACGAGCACAACCACCCGAAAGGGGCGGCGACUGGCCGGCGUGCGUCGGCUGGGCAUGCUGGGGACGUGAGAGUGAUUAUAACGGAGGAUAUGGGAGGAUUCGCUCAGCUGGAUGCUACUAUAAAAGGGGAAGGGAAAGGAAGGGUAGGGCACCAAAUGGCCCUCUCCCCCGACCAUUGCCGGUUGGGUGCACUAUCACAGCAACGACCCUCUCCAUCCUCCCUCUCUCAUCGAUCCUCCUCUCCUCUCACCCGCCACUAUGCCUCCCCUCUCACCCACCCCUCUCCCUCCCCUCUCGCCCCUCUCCCUAACCGGGCCUCAACCCCUCACCCCCCUCCUCUUGCUCUCCCUCCCCCGCAGUCGCUCUCCUCCCUCUCGCUCCCCCUCUCCGCACACUGCAGCAUCACUGCCAGCGGCAGCGGGGAGGGCGUCAGCUCAGGCCGUGCAUUUAGCAACAGCAGUCCUGGUGGAAGUUACGUUGCCGGUAAUCCUGCUGGUGGUAACCCUUUUGGUGGUAACCCUUUCGGCAGUAACCUUGGAGGGCGUGGCAGCUUGUCAAGCUGUAUGACAGCCAUACCCACCCUUCCUACUGAACCUGCUGCCAUUCCUGCUGCUAUUCCUGCUGCUGCUGCUGCUGCUGCUGCUGCUGCUCCUGUGCCUGUUGCUUCUCCUGCGCCUGCUCCUGCGCCUGCUCCUGCUCCUGCGCCUGCUCCUGCUCCUGCUCCUGCUCCUGCUCCUGCUGCAACCGCCGCUGCUUCUACACCAGCCGCUGCCACCGCUCCUCCCCCUCUCGCUGCUGCUCGCAGCGUCCCCCCUCCCCCAGCACCUGCUCCUACUCUCAUUCCCACUGUGCGUGCGCCGCCCCAGACGGCCCCCCCGCCUCAAGCUGCCGCCGCACGUGCGUCCCACCCAUCAAACCACGGCUCCUGGGGACACGGGGAGAGCACGCCGGACCAGCCACCACACCAAGCUCCUCCCAGCCACGCACCGGACCACGGUCCGAGCCAACUCCCGAGCCAGGCUCAGAGCCAAGCUCCAAACUGCGAAGCACCAGCACCAGCACCAGCACCAGCAGCAGUGCCUACCCCUCUCCCCCCUCUCCCAGUGGAGACAGCAUCGGCCAUUCUCACCGUGCUGCAGCGAGUGCAGCCCUCGGAGCUACCAGCCCUCCUGGCUUCCCUCUCACCCUCCGUGCUCCGAGCUGUAGCCGCCGCCAUGUCAGCUGCUGCUACAGCCGCCCCAGGUGCCACGUCAGCCGAUGCUGCUGCAGAUUUCCCAGGCUGCAUAUCAGCACCAGACCAGCUUUCUGCUGCUGACCCUGCCUUCGUCCCUCCUCCUGUGCCCCCCUCGGCCCCUCUUCCUCUCUCAUCCCUUCCCCAUCCGCCUCCCCAUCCGCCUCCCCAUCCGCCUCCCCAUCCGCCUCCCCAUCCGCCUCCCCUUACUGCUGAUCCUGGUGUGGUUUCGUUGUCGCCACAAUUGCCCCCUGCUGCGCCCAUUGCGCACUCAGCUGCUACUGUAACGUGUUCUACAGUAACUCGGUUUUCUGUAGCACACGGUACAGUAGCGGCUAUACAAGCGCCAGCAGAGUCACUUGCGCCGACCACGAAACCAUCCCAGCAAGAGCUGCAACAGCAGCAGCAACAACAGCAACGACAUCAACAACAGCAGCAACAGCAGCAGCAGCAGCAACAACAACAGCAACAACAGCAACUACAGCAGCAACAGCAGCACCAACACAAGCAGCAGCUCCAGCAGCCACAACCUCCCUGCGUGGGUGCUGUCAGCAACAUCCAGCAGAGGAACAACAAGCGCUGCCGCCCGCCGCUGAUGGAUAUGCCGGUGCACCCAGUCAACUCAGUCAACGCUCCAGUCAACCCAUUGGUCCACUCGGGAGUCAAUGCAGCGACCCGUGCUUGGGAGACUUGCAAGAAAACUCGCUUCCAGCGUGAUGCUAGUAUUACCAACAUUGUUGCUCAUGCUCAUGGUGAUGUAGAUGCUAACGUUGCUGAUGUGGCAGGGAGAGAGCACGGGAGGUAUGAGGAGGGGAGUGGAAAUGCAGAAGAGGAGGAAGGGGAGGGGGAAAGGGAGGAGGAGGAAAGUGGGGAGGAGGUAGGGGAGGAGGAGGAAGGGGGGGAGCAGGUGACUCUAACGGUUGUGCAAGUAGAGGGGCCUGACAACAUGAAGAUACAGGAUGGGCAUGAGUGGAGGGCGUGUGGGCAUACUAUGAUGAGGCGCGACCCCAUUGGCCGGUACUUCUUCGAGUGUGGCUUUAAGGGGUGUGGCGCCAAGAGGAUGGUGGAGCGCUGCCCCCAGCAGCCUUCGGAUGGCAGUGGGCGGGUGAACCUGUUGGUGACAUACAUGGGGUCGCAUGGGCAUGGGUUGCACGGGCACGGUGCUGGGGAUGGGUAAGUGGAGGGAUGGCAGUGGAGUGAAGUGGGCGGGUGAACCUGCCGGUAACAUACAUGGGGUCGCAUGGGCAUGGGCAUGGUGCUAGGGAUGAUGGGUAAGUGGAGGGAUGGCAGUGGGCGGGCGAACGUGCUGGUCACAUACAUGGGGUCGCAUGGGCAUGGUGCUUCUGGGGAUGGGUAAGAGGAUGGCUGAACCUGCUGGUUACUUACAUGGGGUUGCAUGGGCAUGGUGCUGGGCUGGAUGGGCAGGAGGAUGGCAGUGGAUGGGUGGAUGCGGUAAUUCUGUGGAGGUGCUCCCAUGCACAUGAUGCUGAUAAGGGGUAGGAGGUUGGGUCAGUCCUUAGUAGGGUGAUAAUUGAAUCCUGGACAUGGGGAUGGUUGAAUGUGACUUGACUGUAGGCAUGAGGCAAUAAAAUACUAAUUGUGAAAGCUUCCUUAGGUCCUCUUGUAAAGGCAGUGUGCUUCAUUUCAUUUGGGAAACA